GGUAACCGUUUGUUUUGCCCACUUCGGCUGUCUGCCAGGUCGAAUUCUGUUUGACUCAAAAUAAAUAAAACGGCGGCGUUAUCUUGUGGUAUUAAUCACCGAGGCGUUUCGUUUGAGCACUUUCUGAGUGACGGAUCGGGCGUUUUCGUUUCGCGGCCAUGGACGAUGAAACGCUAAACAUUCCUCAGCUGGAGUUGGAGGCUGUCAUCGGCUUUAACGGAUACGUGCCUUUUGGCCUGAGGCUGCAUCCAGACGGGAAGUACCUGAUCUAUCCUCUGGGAAGUGUUAUUAUUCUGAAGAGAAUCGAGGAUGGCAAGCAGGAGUUCCUGCACGGACACUCAAACAAUGUAUCCUGCUUUUCUGUGUCCAAAAGUGGAUCCUACAUGGCCUCUGGGCAGGUCAACUUUAUGAGCACUAAGGCAGCAGUGAUCAUCUGGAACUAUGCGGAGAGAACAAUCCACGCCCAGCUGGUGCUCCACAAGGCUAAGGUCGAAGCAGUCGCCUUCUCCCCCAAUGACAAGUACCUGGUGUCUCUUGGGGGCAAAGAUGAUGGCAGCAUCGUUGUAUGGAAUGUCCAGACCAAGCAGGCCAUCUGCGGGAGCGCAGCUUCAGCCUACGGCGCCGGCCACUGCCUCACCAUCCAAUACUCCAACACCGACGACAACAUCUUCACGUCGGGUGGCAGCGGAACACUGCGGGUCUGGGAGUUGGACCUUGCCAACAGAAAGAUCUGGCCCACUGAGUGCAGGACAGGCAAGCUGGCAAGGACUGUGAAAUGUAUAGAGAUUUCAGAGGAUGAUAAUUUUAUGUUCUGUGGCACUACAAGUGGGGACAUAAUGAAAAUCAACAUGAAGAUGAAGCUUCUGAAUCACUGUGGUCCAACUAAAGUAAAGUACAACCUGGGUGUCAAUGUCCUCAAGCUGUUGGACUCUGGAGACCUGCUUGUUGGCUCUGGAUCUGGCACCUUGGCUCUGUGCUGCAAGAAAACUUUCCAAGCUCUCAGGCAACAACAGCUGGAGAAGGCGGUCACCUCCAUCGCCGCCGGCGACCUUGGAGAGCAGCUCUUUGUCGGCACAGAGGCGGCUCACAUCUACCGCCUCACUUUUAUGGAUUUUGAAGCCGAGCUCAUCUCCACGGGCCACAGGAGCGCCGUCAAGGACAUAGCCAUUCCCUUUGCCACCUCUCAGUUGUUUGCAACGUGCUCUGAGGAAGACAUCAGACUGUGGCUGGUGGGCAGGCCCAAAGAGCUGCUGCGCAUCACCGUCACCAACAUGACCUGCAACGCCCUGGACUUCAUGGCUGACGGGCACAGCAUCAUCAGCGCGUGGAACGACGAUAAGAUCCGCGUGUUUGGGCCGGAAAGCGGAAGGCUGAUGCUCACCAUUGACAACGCGCACAGAAUGGGCGUGACGGCCAUCGCCGGCACCAGGGACUGCAAGAGGAUCGUCAGUGGAGGAGGAGAGGGGCAGGUGCGUGUUUGGGAGCUGCUGCCUCACGGCCACCGUUUGGUGGAGAUCAUGAAGGAGCACAAAGCUGCCGUGUCUUGUGUCAAAAUCAAGAGCGACGACAAAGAGUGCGUCACGGCCAGCCUGGAUGGCGUCUGCAUCAUCUGGGACUUGGUGCGAUUUGUUAGCCUUCAAAGGAUGAUCGCCAACACGCUUUUCCGGACCGCGUGCUACCAUCCAGAUGAACACCAGAUCAUCACCAGUGGAACUGACAGAAAGGUCACUUACUGGGACGUGUAUGACGCCUCCUCCAUCAGAGAACGGGAGGGCUCCCAGUCAGGGGCCAUUAACAGCCUGCACAUCACACAGGACGGCAGACACUUUGUGACAGGCGGAGAUGACAAGCAGGUGAAGGUGUGGGACUACAUGCUCGGAAAUGUCACCCACGUGGGUGUGCCUCAUGGUGCCAGCGUCACCUGCACCAGGAUCUGCUCCAACAACCGCAUCCUGGUCAGCUCCAGCGCCGACGGAGGCAUUUGGCGAUGGAAGUUCCCUCACCCUCCCUCUUCCUAUUAAACCGUUAGACUAGCCCUUACAAUCAUCUCUUACAGGUGAUUUGCAAAUGUUAGCAUAGCAAUUCUCACAGGUUCCGCUAAGCAUUCAGAAAGGAUUCAAACUCUAUGCAAAGCGAACUUGACUGGACAACAGAGGACGGUGGCUGGAUUCACACAGCAUUAUUAAAUGUGCAUGGCAUUGCGCUGAAGUGUUUUAUUGAUUUAAAUGAGUAUAACUGACCACCGGACAGUUAGCCGGCUCUCCGUGUCUCCUGCAACUAUUGAAAAAUCUGAUCCCAAGUGCAAUUGUUUAUUUCUUUUACAUGUGCAGUAAAACUUUGUCAAGUAGAUGUGUAGCAACAGACAAUGUGACAAUAGUCAUUUUAAAUCUUGAAGU